GUGGUGGUGGGAAUGACCGCUCGAAGCAGGAAGCGACCAGUGCUGCCGACUAGGCCCGAACCGCCCUCUGUGUCCGAGGCCUUGGCCGACGUGUCAGGCGCCUCCGCCGGCGACCCGGUCUUCAGUUCCCCGGCGGAAGGCGGCGCAGAAUUUCGGGCUCCAGGGAGAACAGAAGAGUUGAUGCCAGACCUGGAAACCCAGUACCAGCAAAGCCGAUCGUACGUUGAACUGAAUAGGCGAUUACAAGAGGAGCGGAAUGUUCUGGCAGCUCGAUGUGAGGCGCUGAGGAAAGCUGGAGAGGAACUAGACCUGAGCAUUUCCGAAAUUAAGGACAAGGCAUUUCAAAACUAAUUUGAUCUGUAUUUGUAGCCAACUAUAAAUGAUCCUGCUGAUAACAGCGGGUAUUCUAUUCUAACAGAUGGCAUCAAACAUUGACACGGUCCCAACGUUGGAGUAUGAUUUUUCUCUCUGGUACUGUGAGAUGGAUGAAGAGGUGGCAUUGACCAUCUCCAGAAUGCUGCACCAGAAAGGCUACAAGGGCUUCGUGGAGCGUCAAGACCAAGUAAUGGGAGGCCUGCAAAUAACUGAAGUUACCGAUGUCAUCCAACAAAGUAAAUCCACCAUUGUUUUAUUAUCUAAAAGCUCCUUGGACAGUAAUUGGUGUUGGAGUGUCUCCAAGUGGAACUUUCAACACUAUAUUGAGCAGGGACGGAAGGUUAUUCCAGUCUAUGUUGACAUUCAGAAAGAACAGAGCCCAUGUUUUCUAAGGCACCUAACCGGACUUGGUUACGGCACAAAAUUCUUCCGAAAGAGACUUCUAGACAGCUUGGAAACCCGCAAGAAAACUGUAAAGCCGCGUUGAGCAAAUAAAUAAACCGUUUGAGUGUA